AUGGAUGGUGUUAAGUUCUUCGAGAUCAUGGGCUUCGCUGAUGCAUCCAGCAAGGCCUACGGAUGCUGCGUAUAUUUGAGAGGUGUUAAAUUCGACGGCACAGCUGAAAUGAAGUUGCUCUGUGGAAGAUCGCGAGUUGCACCCUUGAAGGAAGGAAAACGGAUACCACGAAGCGACAAUGAACCAGGUGAACUGACGAUUCCGCGUCUCGAACUGUGUGCCGCGAAACUCCUAACCGAACAAGUGUUGAAGAUUACGGAUGCAGUUGAAGUGAAGAUAGAUCGCAUAGUGCUGUGGUCUGACUCAAAGAUCGUGCUUCGGUGGAUUGACUACCUGAAGGCGGACGCUCCUGUCUUCGUGCGCAACCGUAUUACAUGCAUCCGGCAGGCUACAAGAGAACGUAAUUACGAGUGGAAGUACAUACCGUCGGAGUUCAAUCCCGCAGAUCUGAUUUCUCGCGGUGUUUAUCCAGCGUCAUUGAAGGCAUACGACUUUUGGUGGCAAGGGCCGGCGUUCCUACAAGCUGCAGAUUUUGAAGAAUGCUGUAAAUGUGAACACGAGCCUGGCGAGGCCAACAACCGAUCGCUGAACGAUGAAGUUGUGGCAGCCGCCAUUAUUCCAGACAAUUCACCAAUGGCAAUGACUAUGAAACAUAGUGACUUCCGCAAGCUUCAGCGAAUUUUUGGAUACGUAACUCGAUUCGUGCAGAACUGCCGGAAGGCAAAGGGAGAUCGCAGAACUGGAGGACUACAAAUCGGAGAUCAUCGAGAAGCAAUGUUGACUUUAGUGAGAAUCGUUCAGUUUUCUACGUACGGUACUGAUAUCGACAAACUGCUGAAGGGAAAGUCGUUAAAUAGCAAGCUUAGCAACUUCAAGCCCAUCUUCGAUGCUGAUGAAAGACUUCUGCGUGUUGGUGGCCGAAUCAGAAACUCCGACUUGCCUCGGAACCAACGACACCCUUUGAUAUUGCCAGACAAAAACCAUUUGACGGAGAUCAUCAUAAAUGCUCUACAUCGUGAAUAUCUCCACGUUGGACAGAAUGGAUUGUUGGCCAUAGUGCGUCAGCAGUUUUGGCCGAUGAAUGCAAAGCGGACGAUCAAUCGUGUACUCCGGAAGUGUGUCCGAUGCUUCCGAGUGAAACCAAGGGAUGUGGAUCUAUUAAUGGGUGACCUACCGAGCUUUCGCGUAACGGUGUCCCAUCCCUUCAUGAGAACAGGAGUAGAUUAUGCCGGACCGGUACUCCUGAAACAAGGACGAAUGAAGGCGCCAAUUAAGGCAUACAUUGCACUCUUUGUAUGCAUGGCCACCAAGGCUAUCCAUAUUGAGUUAGUGUCCUCGCUGUCCACUGACUCUUUUCUUGCCGCAUUACAUCGUUUUGUUGGAAGGCGCGGCAAUGUAGCAGAAAUACUUUCCGAUAAUGGAAAAAAUUUCAUUGGGGCCAACCGACAGCUUAAGGAACUCCAAACUCUUACGAUGUCGGAUAUGAUGAAACAAGAAAUCGCCAAAUUCUGUCAGCCCAAAGGAAUAAUGUGGAACUUCAACCCUCCCAAAGCCCCGCACCAGGGCGGCUUGUGGGAGGCAGGCGUCAAAAGCGCCAAAUUCCAUCUGCAUCGAAUUCUCAAGGAGGCUUACCUGACGUACGAAGAGAUGAGUACCCUCCUGGUGCAAAUAGAGGCGAUAUUGAAUUCUCGGCCUCUCUGCGAACAAUCUACAGACCCAAUGGACUACGAAGCUUUAAGCCCUGCACAUUUCCUCGUAGGGCGUGAACUAACCGCAGAAGCUGAACCAAUGUACGACCAUUUGAAGGAGAAUACCCUGUCUCGAUACCAACUCGUCCAAUGUCGCAAGCAGGCUUGUCCGCACUGA